AUGGCUUCGACCUCCACCAUGGAAACUGACCAACCCGCUGCGACUAAAACAAAGAGAGCACGAGAUGAAAUUGUUGAUCCAGAUGAUGGGACGAGUAUUUCUUCUGCCAUGAAGUCAAGGAUACAACCGGAGACCGAAAAGAAAGUAAAGUGCCUGAAAUAUAUCAUUUAUUUUUACGAAAAAUUAAAGAUACUUCUACCUAAAGAGCUAGACCCAGGUAAUGAAAACAUCAACUUAGCAGCUCAGAUUACAAACGUGAUACAUUCUAUCUUUAAUAUAUUAAGACAGAGGGCGAACGGACAAAUUGGGUCAUCUGAGAAGAAAGCAAGUGAAAAGAAGAUGUUCACUUUAACCUCAAAAGGAAAAACAUAUUCAAUAAAAAAAUACAAGGCACCAAUAAAAAUGAAAUUUUAA